CUCUCGGAUUAUCGCCCAACACUUUGCACUUCCGGUGACUAAGGAUUUUCAAGCAAGCAAGUAACACGAUUCUAGAAAGAACAACAAACUAGAUCUACCCUACUUGAUAUUAUACUAGUUGAAAUGGAUCGUUUGCUGAGUUUAGGUGGUAGAGUCCCAGGCCUGGGCCAGGGUACCCCUCCCACUGAUGUUCCAGUCGUGGAUACUGCAGAACAAGUCUACAUCUCAUCUCUGGCCUUGUUGAAGAUGCUGAAGCAUGGCCGUGCUGGUGUUCCUAUGGAAGUGAUGGGUUUGAUGCUUGGUGAAUUUGUUGACGACUACACAGUCCGCGUCAUUGAUGUUUUCGCCAUGCCCCAGUCAGGAACGGGUGUAAGUGUUGAAGCUGUGGAUCCUGUGUUUCAAGCCAAGAUGUUGGACAUGCUCAGACAGACGGGAAGGCCGGAAAUGGUGGUGGGUUGGUACCACUCCCAUCCUGGCUUCGGCUGCUGGCUCUCAGGUGUGGACAUCAACACACAGCAGAGUUUUGAAGCUCUGUCGGAGCGGGCGGUGGCCGUGGUCGUUGACCCCAUUCAGAGUGUGAAAGGAAAGGUUGUAAUCGAUGCGUUCCGUCUGAUCAACCCUAACAUGAUGGCUCUGGGACAGGAGCCCCGGCAGACCACCUCCAACCUGGGACAUCUCAACAAGCCUUCCAUACAGGCCUUGAUCCAUGGACUAAACAGGCACUACUACUCAAUUGCCAUCAACUACAGGAAGAAUGAGCUGGAGCAAAAGAUGUUGCUGAAUCUCCACAAGAAGAGCUGGGUGGAUGGGCUACAGCUGCAGGACUACGCUGACCACUGCUCGCUCAACGAAAAGACUGUUGGGGGCAUGCUGGAGCUGGCCAAGAACUACCACAAGGCACUUGAAGAGGAGGAGACUAUGACUCCGGAGCAGCUGGCGAUCAAGCACGUGGGCAAACAGGACCCCAAACGCCACCUGGAGGAGGAAGUGAAUGUGGUCAUGACCAAGAACAUUGUGCAGUGCCUGGGGGCCAUGCUGCAUACUGUCGUCUUUAAAUAAAACAGA